CGCGGAUCCUUUUUCACCGCCGCAUUUUUUCCUCUUCAGUCACCGCAACGCAAGGCGCUUGGACUGCCCAUCCUCUGACUGCCUGACACCCAUCAUGGUCGACCUCAUCCCACCCCCCGACCCGCGCGCCCUGCUGCCGCCCCUCCUCGCCUGUCUUCCAACGGCCUUCGUUUCCCCUCAGCCCCCGCCGGCGCUGCUGUCUCUCCUGUCCCCCAUCCUGCGCCAACGCGUCCAGAUCCUGAGCUCCGUCGCCGCCUCCCCGACCGAUUCGUGGCUCCGGCUGCUGUGCUGGGAUGCGGGACAGGCCGAGCGCCUGCAGGAGCUGGUGGACGGGGCCAGCUUCGAGCCACACCCCGUGUCCGGCGAGAUCGAGCUCCCCGAUGAGCUCCCCGUCAGGUACAACCGCAUGGACGAAGAAACGCUCCGGUCGCGCGUGAUCGUCCCCGAGUACAGCCUCCAGGUUCUCUACCUGUGGUGCCCCGACGACCAGGAAGGCGGGGGACCCGCGUGGCGCGUGGCCGAGCUGCUGCCACAGGAGGGGGACGUGGGAGAGGAGCCCGCCUGGGUUGCGUCCAUCGGGGAUGCGAACGUCCACCAGAAAGAGAACCUCCUGGAGGAUGCGCUGAAGGCCACGGAGAGUGACCAGCACGCGGCGGAUGAGAAGGAAGCCGAGGACGGGGAGGAUGACGACUACUGGGCCCAGUAUGAUGCGACCCCCGACAGAACCCCUGCCGUCAAAACGCCCGCCCCCAAACCCGUCUCGUCCCUGCAACAGUCGGAAACAGACUACUUCUCUCGCUACGGGGACGUCCAGCCCGCCCUGGACAACCAUGAUCCCGAGGAGGAGCAACCGGAGCUGGGGCCAUCCUCCCUCAAUGGAGACAUGCUGGCCAAGCUCCUGCAGCGACAGUUCAGUGGCGGAGAGACGGACCAGACGGACCAGACGGCGGAUGCGCCUGCUACGAACGGAAACCAUGGCGGCCUGAGCCACCCUCGUCCUUCAUCCAUCUCGUCGGGCAGCUCUGAUGCUGUGGCGCGGCUCGAGCAAGAAGCGGAGAACCAGUCGAGCUAUGAGGUGGGCGUCAAGCAGCAUAUCGGCUCCAGCAUCAAGGGACUCUUCCGGCUGGCCAAGGCGACCGGCAUCUCGCGCAGUGACUUCCAGUCGCUGGUCAAGACGGAGCUGGAGUUGCUGAACGUAUCGGAUGAAUAG